AAUUAAGAUUAUUACUAUUUCUAUUUUUUAAUAUUUUAGAUCAAAACAUUGUGUGCCUCACUUAAAGAAAGGAAGUAACCCUCACAUUCUUAAUUUGAGCCCGCCACUAGUAAUGAAUCCAAGAUGGUUUAAAGAUCAUGUUGCAUAUACAAUGGCUAAAUAUGGAAUGUCCAUGUGUGUUUUGGGUAUGGCAGAAGAAUUUAAAAAUGAUGGAAUUGCUGUUAAUGCCCUUUGGCCCAAAACAGCUAUAUCGACUGCUGCAAUGGAAAUGUUAGGGGGCAAAGAAGUGGCAAAAUCUUGUCGUAAACCCGAAAUUCUUGCCGAUGCCGCUUAUGCAAUACUCGUUAAAGAUAGUAAGACUUUCACUGGAAACUUUUGCAUUGACGAACAUAUUUUGAAAGAAUCUGGCAUUCAGAAUUUCGAUCAAUAUGCUGUUGAACCAGGUAAACCCAUCUUUUUUACUUGAUAAAUUAUAUUUGAA